GAGAUAAAAAAAGUAACUCUGGUUGUGAAAUAAUCUCUGGUCAGGGAAGACUAACACCAUGUUUGUCCCUUAACUUUCAGCGUGGUUCCGAAAGCUUCUAAAAUCAAGAGAAAGCUCGCCAGUGCAAUCCGAGAGAGAGGGCGGAAUAACCCGGACCCCUGCGGCGCCUUCGUCUGCAUCAUCGCACCUGAGUUCCUCCCCGUCGAUAGCCCGACAGACACAAGCGGUCCUGAGCUCCGAGCUGAGAUGGAGAAGGAAAUAUGACGUGUUGGUGUGCCACAGCUCCGACCACAGCGACAUGGAGGAGGCCGCCCGCCUGGUCCUGUACCUGGAGGCCGCGCCCCGCAGCCUCAGGUGUUUCCUGUGGCAGAGGGACUCCUGUCCAGGAAGCGCUAUCCCGGCGGAGUUCUGCCAGGCUGUGGAGGACAGCCACCUACGGGCUUUCCUCAUCACUCCCAGCUUUGUGCAGGACGGUUGGUGCAAUUACAUGAUGCAUCAGGCUCUGGCUGAAGGGCCCAUGUCCAACAGGACGAUCCCCAUGCUCCGGGAUCUCUUGCACUCGCAGUACCCUCAAGAAUUAAAGUUCUACUACUACAUUGAUCUGAGCAAGAACAAAAACGGUUACAGCAUGGUCAGCAAAACCGUGUUCCUGUACCUGGAGAACCUGGUCAAAAAAGAAAUGGAACUACUUGGAAACUCUGGCAGCUCGAACGGAUGUUUAAAAGGAGGCAGUUCGCAAGAAGGAAAACAGUCCCACUGUGACCCCGCGGGGACUCCUUCUCCUCAGGAGGAGACGCGGACGACAGAUCAAAGAUCCGGUGGUAUUUGCUGCGACCACAAUUGAUUAAACGUGGCGGAGUCCGACAGGCUCCGCAUAGAAAACACAAUGGUUCUUUUGACUGAACCCUCCUUGCAGAUCUUUUCGCAGCUCCAUGCGGGGACUUGAGGCGAAGUCUAAGCUGUAGUGAUUUUAUGAGACCUCUUUGUGUGCCACCGGCACUGGGUUUUGUCGACCUGUGCCUCCGCACGGCAGCAGGGGG